GCGAGAGGCGGGGUUCCGGUCGCGGCGAGUGCUGACUCUCUCUUCCGUUCUGCUGGCAGCUGCAGGAGCCGAGGUGCAACUACAAAUCCAUUUCUUCUCCAUUCCAGAUGAAGCUGUUGAUUCUUGCCGUGCUGGUUGCCACCUCCUCAGUCUACUGCGAGGAAGGGGCCAGGCUCUUGGCCUCCAAGUCCCUGUUGAACAGAUAUGCUGUUGAAGGCCGGGAUCUCACUUUGCAGUACAACAUCUACAAUGUUGGCUCUAGUGCUGCCUUAGAGGUGGAGUUGUCGGACGACUCGUUUCCUCCUGAAGACUUCGGCAUUGUUUCUGGGAUGCUCAAUGUCAAGUGGGACAGGAUCGCACCUGCCAGCAACGUAUCCCACACGGUGGUCCUGAGGCCCCUGAAAGCCGGCUACUUCAACUUCACUUCGGCCACCAUCACCUACCUGGCGCAGGAGGGGGCCCAAGUGGUGGUGGGCUUCACCAGUGCUCCAGGGCAAGGGGGGAUCCUUGCCCAGCGAGAAUUUGACCGGAGGUUUUCGCCACACUUUCUGGAUUGGGCAGCUUUUGGGGUCAUGACGCUCCCCUCCAUCGGCAUCCCUCUGCUCCUCUGGUACUCGAGCAAAAGGAAGUAUGACACCCCCAAGAGCAAGAAGAACUGAACUGCGCCAGGUGGAUUCUGUUCCCCGCUCUGGUUCUAGGGGUUCUCAGGAGCGACAGCAGAGUAGCCAGCUUUUCCAAACAAAUUGGGGUGUUGCUCUUCAAGAAACAGCUGCCGUAAAAAGAAAAACCAAUCCAUCAGUGAAUUAAAACAGGCCCCAUAUUUUCUGCCAGCCCUCCUAGCCAUUCUGCUGACGGAUCCGUCCAGCCUCAGUGACGGAGGUUCCACCCCUCUUCCUUCUCCACGUCAAAUCUGCUCUACUUGGCCACAGGAGGGCGCUGGAAGGAAGGGGAAAUAUCAGAGCCCUAAGCGUGAAAGAUUAGAUACUGUAAUCUGUCAGAGAAAUCUGUUGUGCCUCAGAAUGGUGUGCGUUCGUGUGUUUUUUAUCAUGAAAAAUAAAACACAAACUUUGAAUCUGC